AUGGGCGCAAGCAAUGAUUCCAGCCCAACCCGCAAUGGCGGUUCCAUCGCAAUACUUGACCCCGAAAAGCAUACCUCGAUGGAGCACGACCAUGGCUCCAACCUUGUCACUGCCUCUGGAAAAGACCCGAACGCCCUGCCACCUGUCGACCACGCCGCAGAACGACAUCUGAUACGCAAGCUCGACUUCUACAUCAUCCCGCCAACCAUGUUACUCUACCUCGUCUCCUUUCUGGACAGAGUCAACAUUGGCAAUGCGCGGUUGUAUCAUAUGGAAGAAGAUUUGGGACUUCACGGGUCGCAGUAUCAAACAGCUGUUAGCCUGUUGUUUGUGACAUACAUCCUCUGUGAGACUCCAAGCAAUCUCGUCAUCAAGAGAUUGAGGCCAAGUCGGUGGAUCGCGUUCAUUACCUUUGCAUGGGGCGUUGUCGCUACUUUGACAGGCGUCGUCCAGAAUUACGGAGGGUUGAUUGCUUGCCGCUUGAUCAUGGGCGCUCUUGAGGCAGGGCUUUUUCCAGGUAUGACGAUAUAUCUUACCAUCUUUUACACCAAAAGGGAGAUCGCGCUCAGGGUCGGCUAUCUUUUUGUCUCGGCUGCCUUGGCUGGAAGUGUCGGCGGCCUUCUGGCUUACGGGAUAGGCUUCAUGGACGGUGUGGCGGGUCAGUCAGGAUGGAGAUGGAUCAUGAUCAUCGAGGGCCUUCCUAGCAUUGUUUUGGGUGUUGCGGUCUAUUUCUGGCUUGCUGAUGCGCCAGAGACAGCAUAUUAUCUUUCUGAAAAGGAGAAAGAGCUGAUGGUUCUGCGAAAGCGGCGCCAUAUCGGCCAUACGACGUCAGGCGACUUGCUCCACAAAGAAGACGUGAUGAAAGCUCUCAAGGACUGGAAGGUGUGGAUGUUUGCCUGUGGUCAAUUUGGCGCCGAUACCAUGCUCUAUGGGUAUUCGACCUUUCUGCCCACCAUUAUCAAGGGGUUGGGGAAAUGGUCGACAGCUGAGACGCAGGCACUCACGGUACCAUGCUACGCGUUAGGAGCAAUCACCUACUUGAUUGUCGCCUGGGCAUCGGACAGAUUCCAGCAACGAGCGCUCGCCGUGGUGCCUUUCUGCGUGGUGAGCAUUAUUGGCUAUGCCAUACUGAUGGCAGACGUGAGUUCGGGAGCCCAUUAUUUCGCCUGCUUUAUGGUCGCAGUAGGGCUGUAUGUCUCGGUUGGUAUUCCUCUUGCGUGGUUGCCGUCGAAUCAACCUCGAUAUGGCAAACGGACAACUGCGAGCGGCAUUCAACUUACCGUUGGAAACGCAGCGGGUAUCAUGGCACCGUUCCUCUACAAAACCGAUGAGGCUCCUCGGUAUGUCCGCGGUCAAGCUGUGUCCCUCUCGAUGGUUGCUAUGGCCGGGGCAAUAUAUGCCCUAAUGGGAGCCUAUUUCUUCGCCCGAAACAAAAAUCGCCGAGCCGGGAAGGAAGAUUCAAAGAUCGCUGGGAAGACGGAGGAAGAAAUUGCGGAAAUGGGCGACGAAAACCCACGGUACAUGUUUACGUACUGA